UUUCUGAGAGGACGAUUCGUAAGGAGGCCCCUGGCGCGGUUUCCCAUUGCUCGUCCCUCUGCGGGCUUUGGCCAUAGUUCAGCGGUGUCUAGAGGGUGGUCUGUUCUCGUCUACCUGCCUGACUUUCUGCAGAGGUACCUGUGGUUGGCCCAGUAGUCGGCUGUCGAAAGUGCCGUCCCCCGCGCCGGCGCCGGCCCCAGCCGGGUGGGAAGGCUCAAGAUGGCGUGCCUGUUGGAGACCCCAAUCCGCAUGAGCGUCCUCUCGGAAGUAACAGCUAGCAGUCGCCACUAUGUUGACAGGCUAUUUGACCCUGAUCCCCAGAAAGUUCUACAAGGUGUCAUAGACAUGAAAAAUGCUGUGAUUGGAAACAACAAGCAGAAAGCCAACCUCAUUGUUUUAGGAGCUGUUCCAAGAUUAUUGUACUUGCUUCAGCAAGAAACCUCAAGCACAGAAUUGAAAACUGAAUGUGCAGUGGUAUUGGGAAGUCUUGCUAUGGGUACUGAAAACAAUGUUAAGUCUCUACUAGAUUGCCAUAUUAUCCCUGCCUUACUGCAAGGACUACUGUCCCCAGACCUGAAGUUCAUUGAAGCUUGCCUCCGAUGCCUGCGCACCAUCUUCACCAGUCCCGUCACUCCAGAGGAACUACUGUAUACAGAUGCCACGGUGAUACCGCACCUCAUGGCGCUGCUUAGCAGGUCCCGCUAUACCCAGGAGUACAUCUGUCAGAUCUUCUCACACUGCUGUAAAGGUCCAGAUCAUCAAACAAUUUUAUUUAACCAUGGUGCAGUUCAGAAUAUUGCUCACCUACUAACCUCAGUAUCUUACAAAGUUCGAAUGCAAGCACUGAAAUGCUUCUCAGUUUUAGCUUUUGAAAACCCCCAGGUAUCGAUGACCCUGGUAAAUGUUUUGGUUGAUGGAGAGUUGUUACCACAGAUUUUUGUGAAGAUGUUACAGAGGGAUAAGCCCAUUGAGAUGCAGCUGACAUCGGCAAAAUGUUUAACUUACAUGUGUAGAGCUGGAGCAAUUCGGACAGAUGACAACUGUAUUGUAUUAAAGACAUUGCCUUGUUUGGUUCGAAUGUGCAGUAAGGAGAGGUUACUAGAGGAGAGAGUUGAAGGAGCUGAGACACUCGCCUAUCUGAUUGAACCAGAUGUUGAGCUGCAGAGAAUUGCUAGCAUUACUGAUCACCUCAUUGCCAUGCUUGCUGAUUACUUCAAGUAUCCCAGCUCUGUGAGUGCCAUCACUGAUAUUAAAAGGCUUGAUCAUGACUUAAAGCAUGCUCAUGAACUUCGCCAGGCUGCAUUCAAGCUCUAUGCCUCUCUUGGAGCAAACGAUGAAGACAUCCGGAAGAAGAUCAUUGACACUGAAAAUAUGAUGGACCGAAUUGUGACUGGCUUGUCUGAGUCUAGUGUCAAGGUGCGGUUAGCUGCCGUCAGAUGUUUGCACAGUUUAUCUAGAUCUGUGCAGCAGCUUCGAACCAGUUUCCAGGAUCAUGCCGUGUGGAAACCUUUAAUGAAGGUUUUACAAAAUGCACCAGAUGAAAUCCUAGUAGUAGCAUCGUCCAUGCUAUGUAAUCUUCUUCUUGAAUUUUCUCCAAGCAAAGAGCCAAUUUUAGAAUCAGGAGCUGUAGAGCUACUUUGUGGACUAACCCAAAGUGAAAAUCCUGCUUUACGAGUGAAUGGAAUUUGGGCUUUAAUGAUGAGAAAACUAAGCACAGAGUGGUUGAACAGCUUGCCCAAGAAUAUGGCAUUUCAGGCUGAACAAAAAAUAAAAGCAGAUAUUUUGCGAAGCUUGAGUACUGAACAGCUCUUCCGGUUAUUAUCAGAUUCAGAUUUGAAUGUGCUGAUGAAGACAUUGGGACUUCUUAGAAACCUACUCUCUACUCGCCCUCACAUAGAUAAAAUAAUGAGCACUCACGGAAAGCAAAUUAUGCAAGCUGUCACUCUUAUUUUGGAAGGGGAGCAUAACAUUGAAGUCAAAGAGCAGACACUGUGCAUCUUAGCCAACAUAGCAGAUGGGACAACAGCAAAAGAACUUAUUAUGACCAAUGAUGACAUCCUGCAGAAAAUCAAGUAUUAUAUGGGUCAUUCACAUGUCAAGUUGCAACUUGCCGCUAUGUUUUGUAUAUCAAACCUCGUAUGGAAUGAAGAGGAAGGGCAAAGACGGCACUGCAGCAGUACCUGGCGUGAUGAGAACACCCGGGGCACCUGCGGGCAUCCCACAUCCUUGAUAAAGGAAGUACAGGAACUAGCCUCAUUUGAUUCCUUCUAUUUGCACAAGUCACCUUGGACUGCAGGGAGCUGUUUUGCAAAAGCAAUUUGGUAGGCUUAGAUCUCAAAUUCAUCUUGAGAACAUUUUUUUGAGGUAGUAAUUUCCUCAGAGGACUAUUGUGUUUUGUUUUGUUUCUUUCUGAGCUACCUGGACUCUUUAUUAGAACAAUCAAUUAUUUUCCUUUGGACCUACAGUUUUUUGCCUAUGCUGCAGCCACUUUGUGAGUGAGAAUGGAUGUAUGUCUGCGCACACACACAGAUGUGUGUGUGUGUACGCGUGUGUGGAUGAAGGUCAGAAUGAAUGAAUGUGUAUGUGUGAGGGAUACCUCAGAGUUUUCUUUUCUUAUUUUGUGUGAAAAUCUCUUUUCUACAGAUUUUCCAGGGUUUAAGCAUUGCUUGCUGUAUUAAAAAAAAAAAAAUUUACUGAAUUAUAUACAGUUUGAAUGAAAUGUUAUUUUAAAAACAAAACAAUUGUUAAGUGUUCCAUAAAGGUUAUGUUGAACUUUGGUCAGAUGAAUAUUUGUAAGUAAAAAAAUAUAUGCAUUUCUGAACCUCAACUUACAUAGAUUUUCUUUAUAAAAAAAAAAAAAAAAAAGAAAAGAAAAAAAAAUUAAAAAGAAAAGGUUGGCUAUAGUUGGCCUGAGUAACAGGCAUGAUAUAUGGUGCUGUGCAAAAUAGUAAGCUAGCAUCUUACUGCCGUCAAUAUCAGCAGGUACAGAGCCUCUUUUCAGACUAAUUCAAUAAGCUCUCAGGCUUCCAAGUCAGAUGGACAGGUUGGAGUGGAGUGAGGCGACAAAUACAGACAUCAAAGGGAAAGGUAACUACUGAUAGUGAAACCCAGCCACGACUGGUGGACUCCGCUCGGCAGGAACUGGGCACCAGGAGCCUCCCAGCUGCCCUAAACCCUGUCACUGGUGUAGCAAUAGAUGGCAGGAUUUAGAUCCAGUCAUGGAAACUUGUGCUCCAGCGGAAGUAGGUCACCGCUUCCUGGAAACAACGUCCAAUCACCUUGUGCUUCCUGAAACAGCAUAUAUCACUGUGAAACUAAAGAAUGUCCUACAGACGCAUCUGUAGGAAGAAGCAGAGAACAGAAUAGUUUAGAAAGCUGUUUUUCUCUCGGCUGUACUCAGCAAAUUCUAUAUACUUGUCACUCAGGACUGCUAUUCAGUGUGCUUUCGUAAAGUGAGAUGGAAAUUUUAGUAAAUGAUGUGGCUAAGAUCUUUUCCUGCAUGAAGCCCAAAGCACUGAAGUUUGAGAGAAGGGAAAGGGGUCCCCUUGGGAGGACCGAAGAUGACAGCUUUUUCCAGUCAGGACUGCUUUGCCCUUUGGCAGCCCUUAGCUUGGUACCUGCUCCAACUUCUGGGUCAGCUUCAAGGUGAACUCAACAUGAUUACUCCUGACUGUUUGAAGGUACAACCAACCUGUCUUUUCCCUUGGCUAUAAGAAGUUCAGAGGCAUCGUGGCCAGGAAGCAGGGUCUAUGCUCAGAAGCUUGCCCUGAGUUUGUGCACCUGAUGGGCUCCCAAACCUGCCUGCCAUUCCUGACGGAGCUGCCGGUGGUGCAGCCACUCCAUCACCAACUUGCUCCUUCCUUGGAAGAUUUAAAUAUGUUUGAUUGCAAAUGAAUGUUUUUAAAAUGUAUUUAAUGCCAUUUUUUUUUCUGUUCUCAACAUGACCACCCAAGAUUCAAACACAGAGAUUUCCAAGUUGUAUUUUUUCUUUCAGAACAUUAAUGAUUUUAAAAUCUGUCCCAACAGGGACUUGGGUUUUGUGCAACCAUCAGAGUGCUAAUGUGCAGAAGCCAGUUUAAAGAAAAUGGAGUGUUCUGAGGGUAAAAGCCUUAUUUAGGCCCACUCACUGACAUUUCUAGUACUGAGAAAAUAUCCUUGGUUGGCAUUUGUAACACAAAACACUAUAGAAUUGGUAUUUUUAAGUACCAGGUAAAUAUAAUAAACCAGUAAUGAAUUGCUGAGACAAUCUUGAACCCAGAUAGCAUUAGAAAGCUGAAAGCCCAAUGAAAUGACACUUUGACACUUAAACUCUGUGGAUAAAUCUUGCCUGUGGCUAUAAACAGAUGGUCAGAGGAAAAGUGCUUUAUGAUAAUUAACUUUUCUGAUUUGAAUGAAGGAAAAUGUAUUUAUUAAAACAAAGCUGUUUGCUGCUUUAUGCAGAUGCAGUGUUCUGUCUGCAAGGAAGUGGGGGGAAUGGAAUGUGGGCUUGUAUCUCCACCCAAGUUCUUAACUAAGCUUCUCGCUCUCUCUAAUACUGCAUUCUGUUUCUCCUUUUGUGCCCUGAUUGUAACCCAAAAUUUAUGAACUAGAAAAGAAUGUCCAAUUUAAUAAGUUGCAUUUUUUUUCCUUAAGCACUUUAUGCAGAACAAUACAUGUUCUUCUGGUAGUGUUUGGAUAAUAUGAUUUUUAACACAUGCUAAUAAAAGCCAAGAAAAAAGCAUGCAACUUCUAAAAA